AUGAACGGCGUCGAUCUUGUUUCAGGAUCCGGCAUCAAGGUGCCGAUGGCCAUUCUGAAUUGUCUCUACGCCCGUCAAUUGUGCUACGAAGAUCCGUCGUGCAGUGCCAUAUUGGAGAUUAUACCGAGAGUCUGCGGUCCAGAAUUAGUGGCAUGCUCGACGGUGACGGUGAAAAAGUGUCAGGCCGCUCUACGCACCCUGCAGGCUUUCACUUUCUUCCGACCGACGUGCCUCUGCAGGGAGCCGCAUGUCGAUCCGGACUGCAACAGCUUCCAGAACUUCCUGUUCGACCACCCAUGCGACUACGUGGAAUGGAAAGACAAAGAUCCAUAUCCGAUAGACGCAUUGCCGACAUGCAAUCAUGCGCUUAAUACUUGUCUACGUGGGAAACCUUGCAAUCAGAUCUUUAAGGAUUUUAAAACCAACUGCAAGACUCAAGAAGGCCAGUGCAAAAUGGAGAAUCGGGAUAAAGCAAAACCAGAUCCAUUUGAAUUGAAAAACUAA